AGUUUGAGAAACAAUGGCAUCAACCUCAGCAGCAGUCCCGUUUUGGAGAUCAGCCGGUAUCACAUAUGUCGCAUACUCAAACGUAUGCGCUAAUCUUUUGAGAAAUUGCUUGAAGGAGCCACACAAGAGUGAAGCACUCACACGGGAGAAGGUCCAUUUCUCUCGAUCCAACUGGACCGAUGGCAAGCCCCAGAAGCCCACCCUCCGUUCAGACACGCCAGAAGACUGAUUUGUGGAUUGUGUUGCUUAUACUUGGUUUCAGAGGAAAUCUAAAUGGGAUGCUCCCUACUUUUUAAGUGAUUUCUUGGUUUCAGUGUUUAAUAAUAUCAUCUACCAUGGACAUUCCAUGUAGAGAAAUGAUCAUCCUUCUGCUUGUGUUGCAAAGCUUGUAUUCGGACACUUCUAACUUUUUCAACUUUAUAUCUCAUUUUUCU